AUGGCUCCUCAAAGCAGUGUUCCAUAUGCUGCUCAGGAUGCCCAAGAGGUUGCUGCCCUGGUCAAAGGCCUUGAAGCCAGCACAAAAAAGCAUGGAGGCGGGAAGAACUCCCUGACAUGCAAGAAACAUACAUUCGACGUUGCCGGUACCGGUGGUGUCACCGUGGACUCAUGGCAGUUUAGAGAUUGGGAUUACAAGCGUCGUGACCUUCCAACCUAUGCUCGGGGUCUGUUUACCUACCGUCGGAAAGAUGGUACUCCUGAGAUAGCCACCAGAGGAUAUGACAAGUUCUUCAACGUUGGCGAAGUACAUGAGACAAAUUGGGAAAAUGUCGUAUCAAUGACUAAAGGACCUUACGAGCUUAGUGUCAAGGAGAAUGGAUGCAUCAUCUUCAUAUCGGGUCUGGAAGGUGACAAACUCCUGGUUUGCAGUAAGCACUCAACAGGAGCUCGAGACAACGUCGAUCUGAGCCAUGCCGCUGCUGGAGAGCGCUGGGUGGACAAGCAUUUGAAAACUGUUGGAAAGAAAAAGGCGGAUCUGGCAAGAGAGCUGAGAGAACGAAAUGUCACUGCUGUUGCGGAACUCUGUGAUGACUCUUUCGAAGAGCAUGUUCUAGCGUACGAGCCGAAAGACGCGGGUCUUUACAUACAUGGCAUCAAUCUGAAUCUCCCAGAUUUCGCAACAUACCCUGGCGAGCUAGUACACGAAUUCGCUGACGAAUGGGGAUUCAAGAAAGCGCAGUACCUGAUCAAAGACGACAUCGACUCAAUGAAGAAGUUCCUUUCGGAUUGUGCUGAGACCGGCUCGUACGCUGGCAGAGACACAGAAGGCUUUGUGAUACGUAGUCGAAGGAGACAUUCCGGCGAAGGAGGUAACUACCAAGACUGGUUCUUCAAGUACAAGUUCGAGGAGCCAUACUUGAUGUACCGGCAAUGGCGCGAAGCGACGAAGGCUGUGAUUAGUGGCAAGCCUCCUAGGUUCAAGAAGCACCAAAAAAUCACGGAGCAGUAUUUACAAUACGCCCGCCGCCAGCUGGCAAAAGAUUCAUCCAUCGGCGAGGCUUACAAACAAAAUCACGGAAUAAUCGCGUUGCGAAAUGGCUUUCUCAACCAAAUGGGUCUCAAGGGUUCAGACAUAACUCGACAAGAGGAUCAAGAAGCAGGUGGGGAUAGCUCGCCGGAUGCGGUUACGAGAGAUUUAAUACUCCUCCCCAUUGCCAGCAUAGGAUGUGGGAAGACGACUGUCGCAAUUGCUCUAACAAAGCUCUUUGGCUGGGGCCAUGUCCAGAACGACAAUAUCACCGGGAAACAAAAUAGACCAAAACAGUUCUGCACGCUCAUAACCAAUACACUAGCUGACCAUCCUGUUAUGAUUGCAGACAGAAACAAUCAUCAACGGAGGGAAAGAAAGCAGGUCAUGGACGAUGUGCUCCAAAUUGUCCCUGGAGCUCGAUUUGUUGCGUUGCAUUAUAUUCAUGACCCGAAGCCUCAGAUGCUCCCCAAAAUACGUCAAGUCACCCAAGAAAGAAUAUUCGCGCGUGGUGACAACCAUCAGACUAUUCAAGCUGGUACUAAAUCUCGAUCGGACAUCCUUGGUAUCAUGGAAGGCUUCCUUGGUCGAUUUGAGCCGGUCAACCCUUAUGCAGCUCCUGACGAUGGCUUUGACCAAAUCAUUGAUUUGGAUGUUGCGGCCUCGUCUCGCGAAAACCUCGAGACGGUCGUAUCCUCCCUACAUAAGAUGUAUCCCAAGCUUGUUCCGAAGAUGCCGACCGAUGAGGAUUUUGACAAAGCAAUAGAGGCGGCUCUCAGCGAUUACAAACCUGAUAUUAAGCACGACCUCAGCUUCAAGAGUAAUAAAAGAGACCGAGGCAGCAACACCAAUGGAAUUGGAGUCGAACCCUCUCAACCCAAGGCCUCUAAGUUGGAGUACUUCUGCAUCAAAUUACCUACAAAUGAUGUGCUGUCUACCCUCGACAAACUCUUCAGCCGAGAAUCCCCUGAAACUGCGAGGAUGUACCGCCAGCUCCAGCAAUCUCGCCGUCUCCAGCCUGCCUUCCACGUCACCCUUAUACAUCGCGCUUCUGUCAAAUCCCAUCCAGAGAUUUGGUCUCACCUCUCUGAUAUACACGCCAAAGCAUUAUCUGAAGCAUCCCACAAUCCUUCCGCUCAAACUCCUGAUCCGCUGCUCGGCAAAUGUCGUGUACGCCUCGAACGUGUCAUCUGGGAUGAAAGGGUUAUGUGCAUCGUUGUCAGGCUUCUGGACGAGGGCUGGGAGACCGCGAACUCGAUAGCACAUAUUACGGUUGGGACAGCACAUCAGGACAUCAAGCCGAAAGAGAGUAACGAACUACUGCAGCGAUGGAUGGAGAGUGGAAGCCAGACAGGCAUUGCGGACUUUGGGGUCGCAGGCCAUGUGGAGGUGCAUGGGAGUGUGAGGGCAGUGAUGCAGGGAAGGUGA